AUGUCGACCCCUACAAAAAAGCGUAAGAGGGAUGUAUCGGAGUCCUCCGGACCACGCAAUAGGAGCAUCGCGUCAUUCUUCCAGAACCAAACGGCCGCAGAGAAGUCGUUGGGACAUACUGAACAGACACUGUCUGAUGAAGCUCUUGCUCGUAGGCUUCAGGCAGAGUGGAAUCGGGAAGAGGAUGCAAACUCGGCCUUCAAUGCCGGUGCUGCAAAUAAUAAUUCACCUACGUCCGCGCCUCCCAUCCCCGACGACGAUGACUCGCGACCAGCUAUAAAGGAACCAACGAAAAAAACGCUUUCAUUACAAUCUUCUGUCGGUACAGAAGACACAGUAUCCCUCGCUGUCCCUCUGGACCAGAGCUCCCUGACGUUCGACUCACGGAAAUACGGAGACGAGUUGAGAUCGCAUUGGGCUACGAGUGGAGGCGACGCCUCGUAUGCCCUCUUAACCCGGGCUUUUGUCCUUGCAAAUGCGACGACGAGUCGCAUUCGCAUCGUGGAUACCUUUGUCAACUUUCUCCGAGUUCUCAUCGAAGGGGACCCUUCCAGCAUCCUUCCCGCGGUCUGGCUAGCAACCAACUCCAUCUCUCCACCGUACGAUGAGCUAGAACUGGGACUUGGCGGGUCUUCAAUCUCGAAAGCACUGAAGAAGAUCUACGGACUUAAUAGCCAGGGGCUAAAAACACUGUAUGACAAGCAUGGAGAUGCCGGCGACGUGGCGUUCGAAGCGAAGAAAAAGCAGAGCUUCACAUUAGUCAAGCCUAAGCCUCUCAAAAUCAAGGGCGUAUAUCAGUCACUCAUCAAGAUUGCUACCAGCAAAGGCAGUGGCAGCCAGGAAAUAAAACAGAGGAUUGUGGAGAAAUUACUGCAGGACGCCCGUGGUGCGGAAGAGAGCCGGUAUAUCGUCAGGACCCUGGUCCAGAAUCUUCGCAUCGGAGCCGUGAAGACCACGAUGCUCAUUGCUCUGGCUCGUGCGUUUCUGUACUCCAAGCCGGACCACGCUAAAUUCUCCGUGCACUCUCGGCAGGAGUUAGCCAGUCUCAAGAAGGAGGAUCUUGCCGAGAUCUACAGCAACGCGGAAGAAAUUGUCAAGGCUUCCUACGCCCGGCAUCCAAGCUACAACGAUCUGGUCCCUUGUCUGCUCGAGAUCGGCAUAACUGAAGAGCUUCUCCUGCGAUGUGGCCUACAACUUCAUGUGCCAUUACGGCCGAUGCUGGGUAGCAUCACACGAGACCUGCCAGAUAUGCUGACCAAGUUGCAGGGGCGAGAUUUCAGCUGCGAAUUCAAAUACGAUGGGCAGCGCGCCCAGGUGCAUUGCGAUCCAAGGGGCAAUGUGACAAUAUUCUCUCGGCACCUGGAAAACAUGACGGAGAAAUACCCGGAUCUCGUCUCCUUGGUUCCCCAGAUCCGAGGCGAAGGCGUGUCCAGCUUCAUUCUCGAAGGGGAGGUCGUUGCGGUGGACCAAGAAACUGGCGAAUUGCAAGCCUUCCAGACGCUUACCAAUCGAGCGAAGAAGAAUGUUGACAUCGGGGCUAUCAAAGUGAGCGUGUGUCUGUUCUCCUUCGACCUGAUGUACCUAAAUGGCGAGCCACUCCUGGACCGGUCAUUCCGCGAGCGCAGAGAGCUUCUCCGGGGCCUCUUCGUGGAAACUCCCAACCGGUUUAUGUGGGUGAAAAGCCUAGACGCCACCUCGGGUGAUUCCGAUAUGGUCCUCGACUUUUUCAAAAACGCCACGGAUUCCAAAUGCGAGGGGAUAAUGGUCAAAGUUCUAGACAACGAGCCGACGGCCUCCACUUCUGCCGUGAAAACCAACUACUCUACUACCAAAACUGACGCUUCACAACCGCCACAACCACUACCAUCAUCCGCACCGAACGGUCAAUCCGACCCAAAACCCAAGGGUAACCGACGCAAAGCCCUACUCUCAACAUACGAACCAGACAAAAGACUCGAAUCCUGGCUCAAAGUCAAAAAGGACUACAACGCCUCAUCAGAAACACUAGACCUAAUCCCCAUCGCGGGCUGGCACGGACAGGGUCGAAAAUCCAAAUGGUGGUCCCCGAUUCUUCUCGCCGUGCGCAACCCGGAAACCGGCUCGUUGGAAGCCGUCACCAAAUGCAUGUCCGGCUUCACGGAUAAAUUCUACCAGGCCAACAAAGACAAGUACGUCGAAGGUAGUCCCAACGUUAUCUCCCGGCCCAGUUACGUUGAGUACGCCGCUGGCGAACCGGACGUCUGGUUCGAGCCGCAGGAGGUUUGGGAGAUGGCUUUUGCGGAUAUCACUCUUAGCCCGACCUAUCCUGCUGCUAUCGGCUUGGUUAGCAAUGUCCGAGGUCUCAGUCUGAGGUUUCCUAGGUUUCUGAAGGUCCGAGAGGAUAAGUCGCUCGAUGAGGCUACCACGUCUGAUGAAUUGGCUCUUCUUUGGAGAAAACAAUCUGAGCAUAGACGUCUGGAAACAGAAUUAGAAAUGCCCGAGACGGAGUUGGGAUGCUAG